ACUUGUAUGUAAUGACGCCGCUCUGAAAUCCUACCUAGGUAGCAUGCGUUGAAUCUACGUUUACUUUCCCUCUUGUACUGUGUUCGUGACCGUAAUAUCGAACAUCUGUCUGUCAUGGUUCACGUCGAAGAUUCUCUUCAACUCCCCAGAGACUUUGAAGGUUUCGGCGAAGGUGGCCAUGACGCACAAUGGCCAAACGGCGCCCGUAUAGCAGUUUCCUUUGUACUUAACUAUGAGGAAGGCGGCGAGAGAAACCCCAUGGAUGGCGAUGGCAUUAGCGAACCCUACCUGUGGGAGAAAGGCCCUUCGGGCGGUGGCAGGGAACAGCGCCAUCUGAACGGUGAGCAAGACUACGAAUAUGGUAGCCGGUGCGGCGCUUGGCGGAUACUACGCCUCAUGAAGGAGUUCGGCUGGAACAUGACCCUUUGGGCCAUUGCAGUGGCCAUGGAGAGAAAUCCUACGUUUGCAAAAGCUUGCGUAAGAGACGGCCAUGAAAUUGGGGCUCAUGGGUAUAGAUGGCUUGACAUAUGGGACUAUUCACUCGAAGAUGAUAAGGCGUAUAUCAAGAAGACAUGUAAAGCCUUGGAGGCGGCAACUGGCGAAUUUCCGGUAGGAGCAUACUUUGGCAGAGGCACGCCAAAUACAGCCAGCCUGCUCCCAAUCAUGUGGAAAGAGAUGGGUCACAAAAUGCUCUACACAUCGGAAGUCUAUAACGAAGACUCGCCAUAUUGGAUCGAUCUUCCCUGGGAGAAGCAACUGCCUGAAUCGGAGAAAGAGGGCCUGCUGAUGAUGCCGUACAACUACGAUUGCAAUGACGGAAAGUUCCACAUGCUUCCUGGUUUCGUAAGCUCAGCAGGGGCAGUGUACGAACAGUAUCUCAAGGAUACGUUUGACUGCUUAUACAGAGAAGGCGGUAAGAUGAUGACCAUCCCUUUGCAUUCUCGAAUAGCUGGCAAGCCAGGAAGGUCGGAGAGUCUAAGAAACUUCAUGAAGUAUAUCUCACAGAAGGAACAUGUGUGGGUUGCGACACGUAGGGAUAUUGCGAAACACUAUCGCGAGACUUUUCCUUACAAGUCCGGGUCGAAGACUGGUGGUUUAUAGAUCUCUUCGUAUGAAUCUAGAUCGAAACGAUAAUUUGGCCACGCGAAUCAUGGGCUAGAAGACGUAAUGGCACUCCAAACGUACCCGGGUCAUGCAUUUGGGUGCGCCGAUUUCUUACUACACAUGCCACCUGGGCAACCUGGCAAGUUAGUCGUGGGGA